AUGUGCUGGCUGCGGGCAUGGGGCCAGAUCCUCCUGCCGGUUUUCCUUUCCCUCUUUCUCAUCCAACUGCUUAUCAACUUCUCAGAUAAUGGUUUUCCCCAAAUCUACAAUUCCAGGAACACUCAGGUACCAAAACAAGGGACUGAACAGGCAUGUGCUGAAAAGAAGAAUUGUAAUUCAUGCACAGAAGAUAAGGCAUGUAUUUGGUGCAGUGAAGAAAGGGCUUGCAAAAAAUAUUGUUUUCCAUCUUUUGGAUGUCGAUUCAGUUCUGCAUAUUGGUUAAACUGUACAGUUGACAUGUUUGGAAUGAUGAUGCUUCUACUCAUUGCAAUAUUAGCUACAGCGUUCCUUUGGUAUUGCUGCGCCUUGUACUUUUUCCUGCAUGAUUUGAACAGACGUCAAGUCUAUGUUUAUGGAAGAGACGCAACAGCUCCUGUUCAUCACUGGAAUGCUUCUGGAUAUGAGGGGUAA